UUUCCAGUGGUCUCGCAGGAUCAGCUGCUUCUGUCUGAUCGAGACUCUUCACUCUACAGCGCCUGUCUGUCAGAUCCAACAUGGCGGCCUCCGCAGCUUCACGUGAGCUUUUCACCGAUGGAGUCAGAGCCGUGCUGCACACCUGGCCUGUUCUGCAGAUCGCUGUGGAUAAUGGAUUUGGAGGAGUAUACGGGCAGCAGAAAGCUGAUUGGAUGGUGGAUGUCGUCCAGCAGUAUUUCCAUGACAACGCUGACCUGCAGCAGUAUGAGGUCGAGGACUUCAUCAGUCACCUGAUGGAUCAGGAGUUUGAUACGGUGGUGGAUGAUGGGAGUUUGCCUCAGGUGUCUCUCAGUCUGCUGCAGGUGUUUAGUCAGUGGCAGCAGGGGGCGCUGCAGCAGCUCAAACACACCAUCAACACUCUGACACAGAAGAUGAGUCAGAGGGCAAAGGUCACAGCCCCGCCCACACAGUCUGAUGACAACAGUGAUGAUGAAACACAGGUGGAGCUUAAAGGUGAAGAUCCCUUGUUUGUAUGAGGACCAGAACAAUAAAGUGCUGUUCAGAUGCAGUAAAGCGAUGGACUGCGAAUCAUCCAGUCCAUCAGUCAGCAGGACAGCUCCUCCUCCUCUUCCUCCUCCUCAGGACGAAGAGGAUGGCUGGACUGUAGUCCGUAAGAAGAAGUGAGGAGGAGGAGGAUGAAGAGCGGUGUGAACUGUUGGCCUUUAGGAAGGGACUCUGUGGCUGAAAUGGAUCCCGUGCUUUUAACGGGAGAUGAACUGUGAUACUGACGGCUUGUCGAAACCAGAGUCACUCUGAUUGGUUUUUUUAAACCUGUUGAAGCUGAUGUUGUGUGUCCUGUGAAGGUUGUUGAAUUGAACAAAAAAUUUCUUCCCAAAACUCUGCAACUGAAGAAGAAAUUAAAGACUACAAAAACAUACUAAAAUAUAGUUUGCUGGUGCAGAAAUUUAGGGGAGACAAUUUGAUUUAUUUUCCUUUCAGUCAACAGCUCUGAACAAUGAGGUAUUCAUGUUCGCAUGUUUUGUUGCAGAGGUUUUUGUUUGUAUUAUUUCAUCAAAACUAAACUGUAGGGUGCACCCACACAGCAGAGCCUUGUUUUUACUCUGUAAAUAAAUGUAUGUUGGUGCAUAAA